UUUAAUUCCUCGAUUCUUCUGACAGACGCAUCCACGAGUGGCACGCAUGGAACAGCCGCUCCCCACCGCCGCGGCGGAGGCGGCCGCCGCCGGCGGCGACGGCGAGGCCUACCGGAUCCGGCCGCUGGAGCUCGCCGACAUCUCCAGGGGGUUUCUGGGCCUCCUCAACCAGCUCUCCCCCUCGCCGCCCCUCACGGAGGAGGCCUUCCGCGCGCGGUUCGAGGAGCUCGCGGCGCUGGGCGCCGACCACCUCGUCCUCGUCGCGGAGGACGCCGCCACGGGCCGCCUCGCCGCCGCGGGGGCCGUGCUCGUGGAGCGCAAGUUCAUACGGCGGUGCGGCCGGGUGGGGCACGUCGAGGACGUCGUGGUGGACGCCGCCGCGCGCGGCCGCGGGCUCGGGGAGCGCGUCGUGCGCCGCCUCGUGGAGCACGCGAGGGGGAGGGGUUGCUACAAGGUCAUCAUCAACUGCACCCCGGAGCUGACGGGGUUCUACGCCAAGUGCGGGUUCGUGGAGAAGAACGUCCAGAUGGGGCUCUACUUCUGAAUUCUGAUCUAGGUGCAAGUGCUGAGUCGCCCCCUAUCAUAGAUGGCACCAAAGCAGGUUCUUCCCAGACUUUGAUAACUCUGGAGUCUGGACCUUCACACAUGGAGAAUCCCCAAGGUGGAGGAAUUAUUGAGGAUUUUGCUGGCACUGCAUCUCCUGCGUCGUAUGUCUGAACCACCACAAUGCAUUGCAUCGUAUUCAUUCAGAGGAUGAGCCAGCCAUUCUCCAUUGCCAGAUCCACGCGACAGUACAUUUUUCCAUCCCAAUCAAGACCUGACAAACCUGAAGGAUCCGGGACAUGAUUUCUCUGUGGUGGCCAUGGCAACAAACAACUUUGCUGCUCGGUUGCAGCACGAGGUGUGGUGUAGUGCAGUGUUAGUUGCUGCCCACUUUUAAUUGGCUUCCACUGUUGCAGUGGCUCUCCUCAUCAUCCUUCCCACUUAUUAUCAUAGGCACGCUGCUGCCCUUUUUACCACUCUUCGUCUCUCAUCCAUUCCAAUUCUUGUGCAUGCAGGGCUGCAGGCACUAUCUCUUUCUCAUCUGCUUCAUACCAAACCUACGCUUUUAUCCUGAAGAAAGACUGGCAGGCAAUAUGGGUUUCUUGCAGUGACUAAAACCACCUUCGUUCAGUGUUCAUCGAGGACAUGGAGGUACGGUACCGUUGUCGCGUUCUGCACUUCUGCGUUGCAUGCUUGUUUGUAGACUGUAUGUAUUGCUGACACCACCACGGCAUGGCGACGGCUUGCGUGUGUAGGGGUGUAAGUUGUUAAGCCGUGAACCCACUUAUAGAUCAAAAUAAGCAGGUUCAUGGCUUGUUUUGUUUUAUAAGUGAAUUUUACGGGUUGGCCACUUACAAACUCCUGUGUGUGUGUGCGCGUGCGUCCAAAAACAAAUGCAACACAAUGUUGAGCUUUCUUUAACAAUGAAAAUGGUGAACAGGUAUGUAGCCUAGUGCUUGUAGCUCUCUAGUAGAGUUUAUCAGCUCCUGAGUUCGACUCUCCUCGGGAUGAAUUUCCAAUGUUGAUUUAGCAAAGGAUCACUUUAUGGCCCUUUGGUUAAAACAUGUGUUAAGAAACGGACUUAUGAUGAAUA